AUUUUAUAUUCCCUCAGCGACCAACCACUUAAAAAGAAAAGUGAACCAGAAGUGUUGCAGAAAAGAGUAAAACUCGUACAUUAAUUUUCACAACCUCCAAACCCAACAUACCACCCCCGCUACCCCAACCCCCAAUCACCACCACUCUCUAUUUCCCAUUUCCCCAAGCAAUUCUCUUCCUCCUUUCUCAGUAAACUCAACUCAAACCCUAGAAAUUCUUUAAGAUAAAUACCCUCAAAGUAUAUAAAAAUAUCAUCUUUCUUGUAAUUUCCUAUAUAUGGGUUCAUUCAAAAAGAAAUCUUGAUAAGUCCCAACUAAAAAAAAGUUUUAAAAAAAUUAAAUUUACAACUUCUCUAGCUCAAGCUUAACCAAGAUCAAGAAUGAGUACUUUUUCAGCCUUCAGGUACCUUGUACUGGUAUUUCUAUUCUGUUUUUACAUCAGAAAAAUCCAAUCUGUGGAACAAAAUUUGUCAUUUGAGUUUGGGGAUUUCGUUAAAGAUUCAAACUUUGAGUCUAAAUUGUCCCUUUUUGGUGAUGCUAAGGUUGUUAAUGGCGGUAUACAAAUGAGUGGUUCAGUUGGUUUUAGUGCUGGAAGAAUCUUGAAUAAGACACCCUUUAAGGUUGUUGAGAGAAGUCCAAGAAAAAUGGUGUCUUUUUCAAUGCAUUUUGUGUUUUCAUUGUCAAGAGAAAAUGGGGAUGGAUUUACUUUUAUGAUGGUACCUAUUGGAUAUCCAUUUGAUGUGUUUGAUGGUGGUUUGUUUGGGUUAUUGGGUGGUAGAAAAAUGAAGUUUUUUGCUGUAGAAUUUGAUACAUUUAUGGAUGAGAAAUAUGGUGAUUUGAAUGGGAAUCAUGUUGGUGUUGAUUUGAGCAGUUUUGUGUCUGUGAAAGUGAGUAAUGUUAGUGAUAUUAAGUUGGGGUUGUUGAAUAGUGGUGAAAAGUUACAAUCUUGGAUUGAUUAUGAAGCAAGUUCAAAGAGAUUGGAAAUCAGGUUGAGCAAAUUAGGUGAGAUUAGGCCAGUUGAUCCAUUGCUUUCUUGUCCCGUUGACAUGUCUGAGAUGUGGAAAGAGGAUGAGUUGUUUGUGGGGUUAAGUUCAUCAAGUGGGAAUUCAACUCAGAAAUGCAAUAUCUAUUCAUGGAACUUUAAGACAAGGACUACACCUCAAUGGAUGCAUUCAGAGCCAUUGGAUCCACAAGCAUUUGAAGUGAAAAAAGAUGAGAUGAAAGUACAAAGCAGAAGUGAUUGUGCUUUGAGAAUUCUUGGUGCAUUGCUUUUGGCUACAGGAUGUGGUGCGUUAGGGGCAUUUUUUGUGGUGAUUGUGUGGACUAUAUUAGGGAGUAGGAGACCAGUGGCACCAGAGGAUAAUCCUGCAGUGCUGGAACACAAGAAGGAAUUUGAUGAGUACAAAAAGUUCAUAGUAGUUGUAGAUAAAGCCAUGGAAGAUGGUAAGGGUAAGAACUAGGUACUUUGGGAGUUUAGUUUUGUUGGUAUGUAAAUCCUCUUUGUUAAGUUUUGUGCUUUUUGUUGUUGUUCUGUUGUGUAGCUGUAAUUUAAUGAUCAACUAUCCAAAGUGUAGUUCUGCUAACUAAUUGCUCAUUGGUAUGUUCAUUAAAAUGCAGCUUCAGAUUGGGAGAAGCAAGUGUUAGUAGUUCAUAACUUCUCAAGGUUUUUAUUGAUUUUGGUGUUAUCAAAUUUGUUAUCAUCUGUUCUUUACUA